UGCAAGGUGGAAAGUUGUUUCUGCCCACUAUUGGUGCUCAAAAUGCACCGGAGUCAGUCAACAUUAACCUUUUUAAAACACACCGCUCCACCCAUGGGGCACUUUGGCCUUUGGCAGUGCUACCGCAGGUGUGUUUUUUGAUUUGAACAGGUCUUGUGUCAAAGCCUAUUCCGCCUCUAAAUAGAGUUUCCCCUCCCAAAUUGUGUUUCCCGUGGUUGGGGUUAUGGUUAGGCACAGCAGAGGCAACUGCUUCGCUUUGGGGUAAGGCCGUGAGUCACGUUCAGCACCUCUUGAGACAGCUGGUUGGGAUGAGCAAUAAGGUGGGAGAUUUCUGUCAGUUGUCCUCUGAUCCAGGCCAAGGCUUUGACUUCAUCUUCAGAUUUUACUAUGAUGCCGCCACAGAUGAGUGCAGUCCUUUCAUAUACAAAGGCCAAGGAGGAAAUGCCAACCGUUUUGAAAAUGAAAAACAGUGCAUAAGAAACUGUUCCACCAUAGCAGAGAGUCUCUACCCCAUGAAUGAAUCUCAUGCUUGCCGCCUUAAAAAGGCCGAAGGUAGAUGCAGUGGUUAUCAGCUGAGAUACUAUUAUAGUUCUGUUUAUAAAAAAUGCAAAAGGUUCAUUUGGACUGGCUGCAUUGGAAACGGAAACAGAUUUUUUGACCAUAACAGCUGCAAUACCACAUGCACUGGCAUCGAAGAUGAAGGUGAUGAAGUGGAGGAGGACGAGCCAGACACUCCUAUUGCAAUCAUCUUGGGAGUUUUGCUUGCUGUCGUCAUUGUCGCUGUCCUCAUAACUGGGAUCGUCCUGAUCAUCAACUCCAAGAAAAAAAGCUCCAAGAAGAAGGCAACAGGGAAAAGUAAAGACCCCGAGUCUGACUCACCUCUUCAGGAGAAGGGAAUUGAAAUGGAAUAGAUAAUCAUGUCACCUUGCUAGCAACAUGUGAAGUUUUUACCAACCUAUUUUUAUGUUAUACGUCUACUAGUCUUGAUGCCAAACAUAUCAACUGAUAAUUACAUUUAAGUUUAACUUAGAUUUUUUUACUGACAUAUGUAAUAGCCAGAACAGUUUUGUUCAGUUUUAAAUUUUGUUUAGUCUCAACUACAUGUGCAAAGUAAUGUUUGUUAAGUAUUUUUUGCUUGGAGCUUUAUCUUAUGCUUUCAUCCAGUAAUCCAAAAUAAAUUGGUUUUUAGUCAAAGUGUAAUCAAAAAGAUAAGAGAGCUAAAACAAUCUGUCAUUUAAUCGAUCGACAAACAAAAUCAGCAACCAUUUUGAUAACCGUUUAAUCACUGAACUCAAUUUUUCAAGCAAAAAUGACAAACAUUCCCUUUGCUUCAGUGUUCAGUUGUUAGGAUUUCCUACUUUUCUCUGUCUUAUGUGAUAGGAAAGCAAAUAUAUAUACUAUCUCACUGUUGGUUGGACAAAACAGGCAAUUUGGGAUCUAAGAAAUUGUGAAUCGUUAUGAAUUUCUGACAUUUUGCAGACCAAACAAUGAAACAGGAAAAUAGUCAGCAUAUCAAUCAUUAAUGAAAUUAACUGUGAACUGCAGCCCUCAAGGAAACCCACCCAUCAUUCAGACAACUUUCUGGAAAAACUUCCAUUAGAAGAAAGACAGUGUGUAAGACAAACAUUUGACCUCAGGAGCAGAAUUACAUCUUUUCAAGUUCAGAUACUCAUCCUCUUCACUCAUCCUCUGCACUCUGAAAUGUUUUUAACUAUGGGAUCUCAUAAUCAUGUCAGUGUUUCCAAAAUAUAACUGCAUCAUCACCUGGCUCAACCAUUUGCUGAAAACUGUCUGAAGUCUUCUGAAUGCACCUGGCAAUUCAAAACCCAACACAUAUAUUUAAAGCUGUUUUGUACAGCUCUUUUGUGCAGAGGUGCCCACUGCACACUCUAUGUCAUUAUGUUUUUCUGCUCAGCUUUUGUGAAUGUUUAAUCUUACACUGCAAAGAUUUCAACAUGACAGUGUCAAAAAAAAAAACUUUCACAUUUUCUCACAUUUAUCUUAAAAUGUGCCUGUAAUAUCAUUAAAAGUCAAUUUUCAUGCUUAUUUAUUUUGUGGGAAAUGUACGGGUGGAGUUCCAUUUUUUUUCUAUUAUUCACUAAAAGGUUGUGUAAAUGUUUUGAUUAUCAUUAUGUUUUAGUGCUUAGCUUUUUCUCAAACAGUGUUGUUUAACAAAACACAUUACAGACCCUCUCUUUUCAAGGUGCUUUUAUACUGUUUGAACUGGAACAAGGUUUUUGAAAGUCAAGUUGCUUAAUUAGUUCAAUAUAUUCUGCUGCUGGUGUUCAUUUUGAUAGUAAGGUUCCCAUCAUUAAUGAUGAAAUUCAAAUUUUGCAACUUGUUUUGUUUUGCUCCGUUAUCAAAAUUGUGACAUGUUACAUGUGACAUGCGUAAGACCUCCACAACACCACUCUGUUGAAAACAUAGAAAGAUGCAGUUUGACUAAAUGUAAUCCUCCUUUUAAAUUUUUUUGACUCAUUAAGUCAUGUUUGAAGACUGUUAAAUGAACUUUAUGGAAAAAGUAUUUCAAAAUUUUCCCCAUUUUAUAAUUAUGUGCUAACCUGGAUAGUAACAAACUAUAAUCAUUAAAAAGGUUUUGGACAACAAUAUUAAUAUAAUAAAAGCUGAAUUUCUUACCCUUGAGGUUUCGAUCCCAUAUGUAGGAAGAUGGGGUUGAGCACAGUAAUAUUUGAUAUAUAAAAUCAACAUAUCAAACUAUGAAUUUAAAGUGUAAGGGAGGCAUCAGCUCAUUUCCAAUCAGUUAUUUGAUCAUUCAUCA